AUGCAGAGUUCUAGUGAAAUGAUGGUAGAGAGAUCGAAGCCGGCUAGCGCAGAGCAAGUUACAAGCACUUCAGGCACUGUUGACUUAACCCCAUCGUCACAUAGCGAACUUAUUCAGUCCUCUACAAUGCCUUUGCCUUUGAAAUCGUCCCCUGCUCCAAGCCCAGUAGAUUGCGAGCUGGAAGAGGCGGAUAACCCAAACGCUGGCAUCGAGCAAGCCUUGCAAUCGUUCGUAAGGUAAGCUCACAUGUGUUGAUCGAGUAAGACUUGACUGAUGUAAUCAACUAAGAGACUUGCUCAAGAAAUAGCUGCGUGCAAGAUCGGAAAUGUGUCGCGUGCAGCUGUGUUCAUCACAAUCACAUCCAUGAAUGUGCUUUUUGUAAUUUCUAGUAGAAGGCGUGUUCUAUAAAUCAAUGACGGGUUUGAUUCGAAGCCCUCCAGUGUUUUGAUUGAUAUAGGUGGCAGUAGAUGUUACCGCAUUUCGACUUUUUGACUUUCCACGUAUUUUUCUUGUAAUUGCAAAGUGUACACUAGAUUAGCUGAUGAAACUACGAAAUUUGAUUUUGUUUUUGUCGAGGAAUUGUCGUUUUACCUGAGCCAUGUGGGUUUCUGCUUUGGGCAGAUGUGACCCUGGAAUGCGGGAAGUUGUUUAAGGAUUUUCCUUCCCACACGUGGCUCUUAAAAAAUAUUUCAUUCAUUCAGAAACUUGGCACGAUCGGGGACUUUUCAAGCCUACCCUUCUCCUUCGACUUGCGGGAUUUGAUACCUCUGCAGAAAUUUCUACCGACUGAAAAAAAUUCGUCUGUUUACAAAAUUGUUUUAUUCAUCACAAAGUUUAAAAUGCACAGCUCGAUAGUUAGAAAUUUAAAUAUACAAAGUCCUAUUUUGUAAACACAGGCAACUUCUUUUUCAUCGGAUGAAAUAUGUAAGUUUUCGCCGUUCAAUUUGAGGUGAAAGCGUAAAUUCACGUCUGUUGGUUAUUUCAAGUCUUUUGAAGCUUUUACGUUAUUCUUUUCACCCUUAAUGCUAUUUUGCCAAAUGAAUGAGAUGCAAAUGAUGUUCCGGCUUAAUUUUUGACGGCAUGAUUUUGGAUUGUUUUCCAUUUGCUCAGUGGAGCGUGUUAACGGGCUGGUGACCGUCCGAAACCCCGUGAAACUUUUAUUUAUCUUCUGCGGGUAAUAACAUUUGUUUAGAACGUUUGAUCAGCGACCUUGUACGCUAACUAUUGACAUCUUGCCGGUUGCAGACCACUUUACGUGAUUUGAAAUGUAAUGAACUUAACUAGUGGAGUAGUUUAUUUCGAGAAAAUUCACCCGGCGUUACAUCCCAUAUGAAGACCCCUGCGGAGUCCAAUUUCAUUAGAUUGCAGGAAUAGUUUCAGAAACGCCGCAAUUUGAUUCCUUGGCAAUAUAUUUAACAAAAGAGUGCCUUCCAAAAUAGGUUGGCAUUUUUAAUCAUUACAUGAAAAGUUUGUGGUGAAGCGAGUCAAUGAAAUGGAGUCUGUAAAACAAACAGGCUGUCAUAUAACUCGGCAUCAUAGAUGCAAUUCACAUGCGAUCGAAUUCAAUAAAACACGUGCAGAUUAGAAUUGACAUCGCGAUUAGAACAGCUAAAAAGUCAGGUGCUUUUGAUCAAAUAUCACGGUGCAAAAGCUUUUCACGCAAGCAAUUAUUUUGAAACGCAAUUUCAUUUGGGCGAGUUUUAGCAACGUGACUGCCAGGAAAAUUAAAAAAUAGGGAAGAGAAAAACAGUUAUUUUGUUAACUCAAUGGGCAUUUUUGUGACUCCACGGGCCGUGUUGAGAUGAGUGAGAUUAGUUAAGUAUGGGUUGAUGAAAUUAUGGAUGAAGCAGAUCAGUCGAAUUUUGCGGGAAAUUCGCGGGAAAAAUUAAAGAGCACACCGCAUGGUUAAAUCGACAUUUCUGUCGCAGAACAACUGUUUUUGCAUUUUAAGACGGAGCGUGUUGAAUUGGAUCAGCGAUCACAGGUGACGUUUAAAUUAAUUCCUCGAACGAAUAAGAAGGAGAAAAACGCGUUUGCGAUGUAAUAAUCUUUCUUAAUGUAAGAUUUCAAAUAUCGGUGCUGAAAUUGACCUGUUUUUCUCUUAUUUGGAAUAAAUCAUCGAUAGAGUUCUUAUUGCAUUUGAGACAAUAUAAAGGUGCGUUAUGAAAUAGCGCCAUGUCUGCUGGCUUUGUUUUACCAUGUGUUGGUGUGUUGAGUCAUCCAUCGGGUCGUGGGAACAGGUUAUUCAUUGUUUACCUCGAAAUAUUUAAGUUAUUGCUUGCGACAUAUUGACCAGAAUAUCGGCGACGUAUUAAUUUUUUCCCUUCACCUAAAACAAUUCAAAUCCAAGAGCUAAGUGCAAGUUUUUUUAAUAAAAGAACUCACCUGCACAAAGAUUGAGGAUCAGUUAAAAGAGCCGUUUAUUUACAUUUUAAAGCAAAUUGUUGUGAUUAUAGUUUAUAAAAUUCGACACAGUAAUGCGAGCUGAGUCUGGCUGAAAAUACACUAGGAGUUUGGAAGAGGAAGAGAUCUAAAAAUGCGCUCUUUUUUAAUGACUUAAAUCAUUUACUUAGUCAAAUGCACGAAGGAUGUCGCCAUCGAGUAUAAAUAGUUAGUGCUAAUUGGAUAUAAUGAAUAUUUUACCUUAGGUAAAUAAUAAGUUAUGAAUUUGAAUUUUUAUGAGUGUUAAGUUUCACUGGUGAGCAUGCUUUCUGCAAUAUUUUCAGUUACCUUGUAACAUACUGAAUCAUGUUAACUUAAAAGGACGCCUCAUAUUUAAAAGAGAAUUAAAAGGCGUUCAUGAAGUCUAGUAGGUUUUUGGAAAAGAUCCACCUAGUAAUUCAAUCACUUUUAAGUUGUUUAUUUUAAAAAAAAGUUUCAUAUUAAGUAAUUUCCUUUUAUCUCGACAAGUCAAAUCACAUGUGUAUGAAAUCUGUCCAUUGUUGAUAUUUUCUCUUUUUUCAUUUUUAAGACAUGUUUGAAGUUUGAAGGACAAUGCAAUCAGUUAAUCGUGCAUACAAUUUUUGUAAAGUAGUUCAUGAGUGGGAUUCUAAAGAAGAAGAAUCAGUUAUUUAUAGCAUGCAUAUAUUAUGAUAAACCAACAACAGACCCAGGUGCUCUAUACUCUGACUUCAUUUAGCUAAUAAUAAUCACUCACCUCUUAAUAGGAAAUAUGCUUUUGUUGUUUAAGUGGCAAAUUCUGUUGAACCUUUUACUGCUCAAAUUUCAUGAACUUGGAGGGAUCAUAAAUAAAGAUACUCAAUUAAAACCACCCCAAGCCUUUUGUAACAAAAUAUUCAACCAGCUGGAUGAAGGAAUAGUAUUCAAACAAGAAGAUUGUUGUCAAUGCCCCAUAGAGAAAAUGGGUGUGCACUUUUAUGAUAUUUAAAAUGUUUAUCUCUCAAUGAUGUGUCAUAGAUUAAAACAUAAGAAAUCUACCUACAAUAUAACUUACCAGAAUACAACUGCAUUUGUAAAACAGCAACAGAUCCUGAUGAUAUGCUUAAAUUAUCAAUUUAUUGGAUGUAAUUAAAUGGGUGAGAUGUUCCAUAGCCUCACCUUGGAUCAAUUUUGAUUUGCUAUUGUUAACACAAUCAAAAAGGUAUAUAGAAUGCAGUAUAUUUUAGACUGAACAUAAAUGAUUGGAGAAUAAAUAUAUUAAAACCUCUUCCUUUUUUCAGCAAAGAAAUUCAAGAGCGGAUUCAAAAAAUAUUGGUAAUCAUCUUUCAUUUUUUACAUAAUUAAUCAAAUAAUUGAACAACUAAUAUAUCAUUUAGUAAAAUACUAAAAGUUUGGUACUCUGCACAUGUUCAUGUGCUUAAUUAUUUCGUAGUUUCCUUCUGUGAAAUUAUGGGGGUGGGUUUGCAGUUUGAAAAAAAAGCACAAGGUUGUCUUAUGAUUGCUAUUAACAAACAUUUUUGUUAUUUAGAAAUUCAUUUGUAUCAUGAAAGAAAUUUGCCUUAAACCUGAAGAAAUAAAAUUAUUUUUCAUCUUAAAAUGUAACAACAGGAUUCCUUUUCAAGUCUUGUAAUUUUGAAAACUUUUCCUUACUCUAGGAAGAAGUACAACAACUGUCAGAUACUGAAAAAUUGCUGCUUUACCUUCGACUACCAGGAGAGACAGCAACAGAUUCUAAAGAUGACUUUGAUAAGUAAGUAUAAAAUACUGGCUUUGAACAUAAAAUUACCAGCAUUUUUAACAUGUCUGUUCUGUUUCACUCCCUUUGUUUCUUUGAUGCUCAGGGUAAUACCCUGAAUGUCUACCCCUUAUCCUGAACCACCACCUUCCACUCCCCACCCCAUGUGCCAACCCUUUACUUCAACCUCCAUCCACUGUUAACUACUUUUACCUUCCAGAGAAUAGUUCUUGUCAAAUAUGAAUAUGUCACUGUUAAUAAAUAAUGAUAAAUCAAGUAAGAAUUACUAUUUGGUUAAUCUCCUAGUAAUCAAGCUCUUCCCAUCUCCACAACAAGAGCAGAGCAAACACAAGCUUUUCAUUGGUGAGUUGGCUUAUGUAGAAUUUUUAAUAAUUUUAUGCUGGCUUUUUAGUUCCCAAUAAAUACCUAGCUCCCAAUAUAAAUGAGAGACUCAAUUAUCUCUAAUUACACAUAAACAAGGAAUAUGAAAGAGAAAAUCUUACUCACACGUAGUGAAUUGUAGAAAACAGAUAUAUGCACCAUUAGACAGACAUUUUUUUUUGAGCUUCAGGCAAUGAUCAGCUUAUUUCAAACAAAUUUAAAAGUUAAAAAAUUCAGAGUACAUGGAAGUCUCAAUAAACCUUUUGACUCCUAAGAGUGACUGGCAUCUAAAUUCUUCCUACAAGAUCACCUCCAAUUCACACAUUAAGUCAUGAGAAUAAAGGAAGUGAUCAUUAACCAAAGAAGCUCUUGAUUGUUAUACAAAUUCUCCUUAUAAGGACACUAGGAAAUGUAAAGAGAACAGUAUGGAGAAUAUGCAUACUGAUGUUUGUUUGUAUAAAUGGGUUCAGGGUUUUAUUCACAUGUCUGUUAUUUUUUUCAAAGGAUUCGUUGUCAUUUGGAGGAGUGUGAUAAUAACUCAACACUUCCAAAACAUGAGGUCUAUGAUGAAUACAAGUAAGGAACUUAUAAGGAUUAUUAUUUGAUAACAAACUAUUUACUUGGAAACUCAGAAAAUUCUGAAGACUAGUGGUGUGAUUAUGGAAUGUUUUUGUGUUUCAAAGGAACAGUCAAUCAGGCUUCAGAAAGGUAGAAAAUCAAACUGCAAACAGCAAUGAUAAUUAAUUGCUGGUUUUUCUGAACUUUCGUGUGAGCAGUCAGUGCAAAACAAACCUGUCAGAUUAUUUAAAGUGUUCAUGGUAAUUAGAGUGAUGACAGUGAUACUUAACUUUAACUUUCAUCUUUUUAUCAAAGUUGCAGUUAUUGAGAUGUGUCAUUAAAAUUGAUAAAACUGAUUUCAGAGCUCACUGUGAAAGCAUGAAUGCUGCACGGACAUUGAGUGCCCCUGACUUUGGAAAAAUAAUCAAGUGUGUGUUCCCAAGAGUAAAAGCAAGAAGGCUUGGUACAAGAGGCAAUUCCAAAUAUCCUUUCAUAUUGGUUUAAUUCUAUAUACUAGCCUUUUUUUGCACAAAUCCCUGCAUUGUUCAGGGUCAUCAAUGCUAAUUCCUUUCUGGUCGUAGAUCAUUUUCCUGUAAAGUAAACUUCUCAGAAUGCAAAUCAGCAUAAGGAUAGAAAUUUAUUGCGGUCAUCAGGCAUACUAACUAAUUUGUAUGUGAGUUAUGCACCUUAACCUUCCUUAAGUACUGUUACAGUGGAAUCCAGAGAAAGAAGAAUGUCAAACCACCCACCCUUCCCACCCUUCAAAUUCCUUCACCCAGUGAAAAAGAAAAGGUAAACAAGGGUUUUAACCCGCCCACUACUAAGAUCUAAUUGAAAAUUCUCUUUACUUUCUGCUACACAAUACUUAUGAUGUUAGUGCUGAGAAUUUGGUAUUGGAGCAACUAAUAAUCCCUUAUUGAUAUUUUUCUUUAUUCUAAAGGCUUGCUUGCUAGAUAUUGUAUUGAUAUUGUAAGGAGAUAUUAUGUCUUGGUCACUAAUGGGAGUGAAAGGGUUAAAUGGAAUUGAAUUUCCCUUGGGCUUAGAGGUAGUUUAGAUGUUACACUUCUUGUGAUGAAUGAUCGUCUUCCACAAAAAUUGCUUGAAAUUUAUCAGGAAAUUUUGAAUUUCCAACCCCUUCAAAUUUCAGUUUGUUCUCUCAGGAACUCAUAGAUUAACAAGUACCUGGACAUUUACUUGUCUUUCAGAGUUCAAUGAAUUCAGCAAACAACCUUGCAGGAGGUGACAAAAUAGAAGAGGAUCAAACUUUGUCAGCUGCAUGUCUACUUGUGUGUGAGUGGGCAAACAAACUUCUUGGUCGAGUGUUCAGCACUCUCAUUGAAUUGGCCAAGUUUCUUGUUAGUGGCAGUUAUGUCUCCAGUAAAUCCAUGGCAGCAUAUGUUGUUCUGUCUGAUCUUAAUACUCCUCAAGUGGGCCACUCAUCAGUGUCAUUGAUUGCACCUUUAAAGCAAGUGGAGGAGCAACUGGUGCUGACACAUAAACGGCGACAAUCACAACAGUUACCUAAAAAAAUACCUCAACGACAACAGCAAAAGCAGAUUCAACAAAUUCCUGUAAACCCUAUGUUACCGCAAGGACAAGCUUUGUGUAGUGCUCCACAACAGCUUCUUAAUUUUAAGACACUGGUAAGUCCUUUUUCAUUGUCAAUGUACAUUACAGUUAAGUAUAUUUAGUGUAGAUCACUGAUAAACUGCGGAUAAGCAAGAAAAAAGGGGUAUCCUGAUGAAAAAGUUUCUUCUCCUGUUCUCCAUAACAAUUCACGUUAUCGCCUGGUUAUAUAUAUUAGUUGGAUAUUUUUGUAUAAAUAAUAGGAGAUUGAGUGCAUUCUACUCAAGGAAAAGGAAAGUAUCAAUCAUAAAAACACAAUCUAUUUUUUCACACCUGUCAUCUAUUCCACAGCCCUGUUUAGUUGUUGAGGAGAAACUGAGAAAUUGCAAGAUCUAGGUGAUACUUAGAAUGUUGAUAGGAAUGUACAUGAAAAAAUUACUUGCAUCUGAUUGGCUGAAUGCUUGUGCAUUCUCAUAUAACACAAGUGCAAAGUUGUAACACAAGUGCAGAUUACAAAUAGCGUGCACAUUUUCAAAAUUUUGUCUAUCUUGACUCUUAGUGAUAAUUUCUCCUGCAAUUUGGUGUAGCAAGGACAUGUAAAUUUUUCAAAGGCAACAAAAUUGCAUGAGCCCAUCAAAUUGCACUUGAAAUCAUGUUAUUACCUAUACUAAUAAUCCUAAACCAGUAAACUACCACUUGAAGCUGCUGAAACACUUUUCUGUCAUUUUUUUUAGGUUAGUAUAUCAAGUCAGCAGAAACCAGUACACAUUCAGCCCAAACCGAUACAGCCGUCACUUCAAAGCCCCCCUGCUCAAAUGGGACAGUUUUAUCAGCAACAGCAACCUGGUGGCAACCCAACCACCCCUCCCAGUGGCUAUCCAACCAAGAUUAGACCCAUUACUCCAUCCAUGAUAUCCCCCACCACACCCAUUCAACCUGCUGGGCCCCAGAUAACAUCACCUUUUCAGUCAUCUCCAAAGUUCAACACCCCAGGCACACCUCAAAAUCGUCCAGUUACUCCCAGCUCUGCGAGCGCAACUGCAAGGCACACUCCAAACUCAGCUGAGCCAACUCGCUUUCUUUUCACACCUAUUCCGAAUAGUUCCCAAGAGCAGAGGGUCACCAGGGGAGAAACAAGUCCUCCUACAUUGCGGCCAACUGCCACCCAUCCCAGCCAGUUGUUGAAUGGAGACUGGUCCCAGUCACAGAUGGGAGUAAAUGAUGUGCCAAUGUCACCAAGUAAACAACCACGUCUAAUAAAUCAGAAUGCACCCUCCACUCCAACAUCCAAUCGCAGACCUGGUUCAUUUGCUUACCCCUUACCAUCACCAAGGACACCGCAGCGCAUUGCACCACAGCAGUUUGUUACUUCCCCAACAAUGGCCUCUCCAGGGUGUGGUCGGCAGCUGAACCCCAUCUCUCCCAAUGUCACACAGCGGGGACAAGAAUUUAUGCUUCCUCUAGGGAUCAACAAUGCAGAGAAUGUGGCUCAAACAGGCUUCACACAGAGUGUGAACAUGACAAGUCCUCCAUCAUCUGAUGGAGAUGGGCAUAUGUCUCAGCAACAGUCAAAGCAGGGGUAGGUAGUGCAAUGACUGCUGUUCAUUUGUAUCUGAAUAAAAUUAGCCCGUUAGACACAUUGGAAAUGAUGCAGUUGCGUUUCAACUUGCUUAACCUUUAAACCUCAAGAGUGACUAGGUUCUAAUUCCUCCUUACAAUAUCACCCCUAAGUCAAACACAAAGGUCAUGAGAAUAAAUGAAAUGAUCACCAACUUAAGAAGCUCUUGAUUGUUAAACAAAUUCUCCUCAUCAGCACUUCACAAAAUGAAAAGAGAAUAGUAUGAAGAAUAUGCAUAUUGACCUUGGGUUAUUAAGGAUGAAUAACAACUGGUGUGAAGAAAAAUUCACCAUGAAAGUUAACUUUCAGUCAUCACACUUAAGUUGGAAACCCAACAUAGUUGUAAUAGGUUGCUAACAGAAUACAGUCUCUUUACAGGAUAACCACUUUGUCAGUAAAAAUGCCAAUGUGUACCGUUUUUUUCACUCUGAAUUUUUUUGUUUUUCUUGGACAUUUUGUAGAAGUUCAGGGAUUAUUGCAAAGUCAUGCAGAUACAGUAGUGCAGCAGAUAAUGGACACAUUUCACAGGCUCCUAUCAUGCAGACACUGGAUUAUUCACCAGAACUGGAGUCAAUCUGUAACCAAGCCACAAGCUCUUCAGGGCAGAUGCCCCCACCUUCAUAUCAACGAAGCCAGUCAGUUCCCCCUUUAACACAGCAUGCACUGGCAGAUCAAAGAUUUCAUCCCUUAACUCCACAGAAUAACCCACGCCCACGUCACCUGACUCCGUCACCCAUGGAGACACAGUCAAAUCAACAUCUGAAUGGGUUAAAGGAACUUCGCAACAGAGUUCUCCAUGGUGAUGUCAAUAACAAUGGGUCUCGGCCAUCACAGGAAAGCGCUUUUUCUGCACGAAGAAACCUCACACCUAUGCUCAAUGCUGAACAAUCAAAUGUAACUGCUUCAAACUGGGGCGUGUCCCAAGUGAGGACAAACAACAACCCCAGGGGUGCAGAGGACCAUGAAAUGACAAUACUCGAUGCAGGCUUGACAUUUGCAGAUCUCAAUCAUGAAAAUGAUGAGACCUUGUCUGAUCUGAAUACACUGGAUGAUGCUACAACAGAAGCAGUAUUAAGGAACAUUUGUAAUAAUACAUCAGGGGUGUGGCCAACUAGUGAUGUCCAUGCAUGGGGAGGGUCACAGGCACUGGAGAUUAUGGAUUAAGAAAAAAUGCAUCAUUUUUUCUUGGUAAAAACCUGGAUACAAGCUUAUUUAUAUAUAUACAUAUAUAAAUAGAUAUGGAAAAAAGACUCAAUACCAUUUCAUUCCUAUUUGCGGGCUGGAUUUAUUAAAACACCGUAGUUCGUGUCAAUGUUAAUUGAUCCCUGCUUGUGAGUUUCCGUAAUUAAAAAGAUUGUUGUCUUUAUAGUUAUCAGCCUUAGCGACGGUGUGCUAGCGUGGAAUAAAUAAUUUUAAAGUGU